CCGUUCUUUGAAGUCUUGCAUCGGCUAUCAUUUGGAGGUUCGACCUGUUCGCUUUCCAAGUAGUGCAGCACACGCAGGUCACCGCCAGGCUCGGGUUAAAGGGGCGUUUACCUGGUACUUGACUCGGGGGAGACCCCCCGGGAGAAAGCAAUCCGACGCGAGCGGCUCUUUUUCAAGGCGAUAAAGCGCAUCUUUCCUUCUUAUCGUCGUCUCUUGGUGUUCCUUCUUGCUCCGGGGCAUAAGUCAUUUUAUGGCUUCCAUUGCAUGUAAUGCUGGAAGCUCUUUUAACUUAUUGAACAGAGAAGCAUUCAAGGUAUCUCUUAAGAAUCACAUCCAAGGAAGCUUGAAAAAUAAUCUCUCUUUGGAAGACUUUCGUACAUGGAACACAUUUUCACUUUCAUCAUUUAGAACUAAGGGGCCUUUCCUGUCCUCGUCUUUGAGCUCAUUUCGAAGGGUUUUGAGGGCUCCUACUUGUUCCAAUUCAGAUCCAGGGCAAUCCAUAUUGACUACCAAUAAUAAUGGCGAUGCAAAUUCUUCAGAAAGGAGGCUGGUUGUAUUGGUUAUUGGCGGUGGUGGAAGAGAACAUUCUCUUUGCUAUGCCUUGAAGCGAUCUCCAUCCUGUGGUGAAGUCUUUUGUGCCCCUGGUAAUGCAGGGAUUGCUCACUCUGGGGAUGCUACUUGCAUAUCAGACUUAAACAUCUUGGACAAUGUGGCUGUGAUUUCAUGUUGCCAUACAAGGGGAGUUGAGCUAGUUGUGGUGGGCCCAGAAGCUCCUCUUGUGGCUGGACUUGUGGAUGAUCUUACAAAGGCUGGAAUCCCAACUUUUGGCCCUUCAGCUGCGGCUGCAGCACUGGAGGGGUCGAAAGACUUCACAAAGAAGUUGUGUGACAAAUAUGGAAUACCCACUGCAAAGUACAAGACCUUUGCAGAUCCAUUGGAAGCUAAAGAGUAUGUUAAAGAGCAAGGAACACCCAUUGUUGUUAAGGCUGAUGGAUUGGCUGCUGGGAAGGGAGUUAUUGUGGCAAUGAACAUACAAGAGGCAUUUGAUGCAAUAGACUCUAUGUUGGUGGCCAAUACUUUUGGUUCUGCUGGUUCACGAAUUAUUAUUGAGGAAUACCUCGAGGGCGAAGAAGCUUCUUUCUUUGCUCUAGUGGAUGGUGAAACUGCCUUACCUCUUGAGUCAGCCCAAGAUCACAAAAGAGUUGGUGAUGGUGAUACUGGUCCAAAUACGGGUGGAAUGGGUGCAUAUUCCCCUGCUCCAGUCUUAACAAGUGAGCUACAGUUUUUGGUGAUGGAAUCAAUAAUUCAUCCUACAGUGAAGGGAAUGGCAGCAGAAGGUUGCAAAUUUGUUGGGGUGCUGUAUGCUGGGAUUAUGAUUGAGAAGAAAAGUGGUUUGCCCAAGCUUAUUGAGUACAAUGUGCGUUUUGGAGACCCAGAGUGUCAGGUUCUCAUGAUGCGUUUGGAGUCCGACCUGGCACAAGUACUGCUUGCUGCUUGUCGAGGAGAGCUGGGUGGGGUGUCACUUAGUUGGUCACCUGGAUCAGCUAUGGUAAUUGUGAUGGCAAGCAAUGGUUAUCCAGGGUCUUAUGAGAAGGGAACCAUCAUUAAAAAUCUUGAAGAGGCUGAGCUUAUUGGCCCAAUGGUUAAGAUAUUUCAUGCAGGAACAGCACUAGACUCAGAGGGCAACUUCAUUGCCAACGGUGGGCGUGUGCUUGGCGUCACUGCAAAAGGAAAGGAUUUAGCAGAAGCCAGAGAUAAAGCUUACAAAGCAUCUGAAGUAAUCGACUGGCCUGAGGGGUUCUUUCGACGGGAUAUAGGUUGGCGAGCACUUUCUCACAUAUACACAAAGACUAGUUGAUUAGCAGAUGAUGCUCAGAGAUUUGGGACCGAUGGUUAAUGUCACAGGAAAGUGUUCUGAACUUUUUUUGUUUUUUGUUUUUUUCUCAAUAAUGUUGUCAACCUGAAAUUAGAGGACAACAUGCAAAUGUUUGUUUGACAUGGUUAGAUGAAAUCCAAAGUUGUGGGAGGGAGGAAACUCUAUUUAUA